AGUUUUGCUGCGGGCACGAUCUGUCCUGGGUGCAGGAGUCCACCUCCGUUCCUGAGCAGAGCUGAGCCUGGGCAAGUUCCCCAGGGCCCCUACUCUCCUGAGUAAAAUGGUCUGAAGCUUUUUGACAAGGUCAGCUGCCCUGUGGACACCUGCCGUAUAUCAGGGACUUCACGUGUACUCUCUCCACUCUGCACCAACCCUGCGAGUCCGUGGCUUCACCUCCAUUUCCCAGAUGACAGACCUGAUGCUUGGGGAGGUUUAUGGUUUGCCCAGGGUCAUGGGGUUUUGGGGUGGUGGAAGUAGGAUUCAAACCCGUGCCUGCCAGAUGCUGAGUCCAGGCCCCUGUGCCGUCCCACCUCACUUCUGGUUUAUUUCCCUCAGCAGCUAAGCCCAGAUUCCUGAAAAAUUGUGAACUUUUGGAAAAUACUGUUUCUAACGUGCUGUGAGGGGUUGGUCAUAGGGGUUGCCCUAGUUUGAGAGAUGAGCCCGGCUGUGCUCAGAGAGGGCAACCUGCUGUCCGGGAGUCUCCCAGCCAGUUGCCGGCAGUCCUGCCACUGAAGUUUGCCUGUGCUCAGUUGCACCUCCUGUCCCUGAGCCCCCACCCUGGUGGGGACAGCUGUUAGUAGCUGCAGUCACCUGCCUGGAACUGGCAAACAGAUGGCCCUGGGUUUCUGGGACAGUUCCAAUUUCAAAUGUUCUCUGGUUGUCAGACAAAUGUACUGCUUUUUAGUUCAGAAAUUAUGGGGCACCUUAUGCAUGGCUAUAAAUCCUGUCAGCUCUAGUAGGUUCUGUCCCAGAAGGGAGUGGCCUCCAGAAAGGUAGCAUGGUAAUUUUUAAAGGCUGGCCAAGAACUGGGAUUGGGGUCUGAGUGGAUCCUGGAGGGCUCAUAUGUAGAAGAAGCUGUCCUCUGUCCAAAACUCCAUGAGGCCCACAGGAGACAUGCCAGACCUGGUGAGAAAGGUCCAGUGGGACAGGAUUAUUGUCCCUAUUUUACAGAAAGACCUGUGAUACAGAUCCAGCAGGCCCCUCACGUGCAGCAAUCCAGGCUGUGUACUGCACAACUCCACUGGCACAGUGAUGAGGUGAAAAGCACUCCAAGCUGUGCAGUGCAACAAUUCUGAUUCCAGGGCAGCGUGGCCCUUCUCUGUCCAUCCGUCGAACUUCUGCCAUCAGACCUCCCUGCCACUAAUAGAAGAUGGAGGAAAGGGGUGCACUUCCAGCCUCCAGAAACAGGUGUGAUGGCUCCACCUCUGGUUUAGCUUUGUUCAGGCCACACUGGACCUCCACCCCACUCCACCCCUGGAAAUCCAACAGCCCUGCCCCCAGGGCCCGGGAUGGCGCUCUCCCUGACGGGGCUCAUUGCCUUCUCCUUCCUGCAAGCCACCCUUGCCCUGAACCCUGAGGACCCCAACGUGUGCAGCCACUGGGAGAGCUAUGCUGUGACUGUCCAGGAAUCGUAUGCACACCCCUUCGAUCAGAUCUAUUACACACGAUGCACAGACAUCCUCAACUGGUUCAAGUGCACCAGGCACCGGAUCAGUUAUAAGACGGCGUAUCGGAGAGGCCUCCGGACCAUGUACCGGCGGAGGUCCCAGUGCUGCCCUGGCUACUAUGAGAACGAAGACUUCUGCAUACCCCUGUGUACAGAGGAGUGUGUGCACGGCCGCUGCGUUUCCCCGGACACCUGCCACUGUGAGCCUGGCUGGGGAGGGCCCGACUGCUCUAGCGGCUGCGACAGCGACCACUGGGGGCCCCACUGCAGCAACCGGUGCCAGUGCCAGAACGGCGCCCUGUGUAACCCCAUCACAGGCGCCUGCGUGUGCGCCGCCGGCUUCCGUGGAUGGCGCUGCGAGGAGCUCUGCGCGCCUGGCACCCACGGCAAGGGAUGCCAGCUGCCGUGCCAGUGCCGACACGGUGCCAGCUGCGACCCCCGCACCGGCGAGUGCCUCUGCGCACCUGGCUACACCGGCGUCUACUGCGAGGAGCUGUGCCCUCCUGGGAGCCAUGGAGCUCACUGUGAGCUGCGCUGCCCCUGUCAGAAUGGGGGCACCUGCCACCACAUCACUGGCGAGUGUGCCUGCCCCCCAGGCUGGACGGGAGCAGUGUGUGCCCAGCCCUGCCCACCAGGGACAUUUGGCCAGAACUGCAGCCAGGAGUGUCCUUGCCACCAUGGAGGGCAGUGUGACCACGUGACUGGACAGUGCCAUUGUACAGCUGGAUACAUGGGGGACAGGUGCCAAGAGGAGUGCCCCUUCGGGACCUUUGGCUUCCAGUGCUCGCAGCGCUGUGACUGCCACAAUGGGGGGCAGUGUUCACCCACCACGGGUGCCUGCGAGUGUGAGCCUGGCUACAAGGGCCCACGCUGCCAGGAGCGACUGUGCCCGGAGGGCCUGCAUGGCCCAGGCUGCACCCUGCCCUGCCCCUGUGACGCUGACAACACCAUCAGCUGCCACCCAGUAACUGGAGCUUGCACCUGCCAGCCAGGCUGGUCUGGUCGCCACUGCAAUGAAUCCUGCCCUGCUGGCUACUAUGGCGAUGGCUGCCAGCUGCCUUGCACCUGUCAGAAUGGCGCCGACUGCCACAGCAUCACUGGGGGCUGCACUUGUGCUCCGGGCUUCAUGGGAGAGGUCUGUGCCAUUUCCUGUGCAGCAGGGACCUACGGCCCCAACUGCUCGUCCAUCUGUAGCUGUAACAAUGGUGGCACCUGCUCCCCAGUAGAUGGCUCCUGUACCUGCAAGGAAGGGUGGCAGGGCCUGGACUGCACCCUGCCAUGUCCCAGUGGGACGUGGGGCCUGAACUGCAACGAGAGCUGCACCUGUGCCAAUGGGGCAGCCUGCAGCCCCAUAGACGGCUCCUGCUCCUGCACCCCUGGCUGGCUGGGAGACACCUGUGAGCUGCCUUGCCCGGAUGGCACAUUUGGGCUGAACUGCAGUGAACACUGUAACUGCAGCCAUGCUGAUGGAUGUGACCCCGUCACAGGCCACUGCUGCUGCCUGGCUGGAUGGACAGGCAUCCGCUGUGACAGCACGUGUCCACCUGGCCGCUGGGGCCCCAACUGCUCUGUCUCCUGCAGCUGUGAGAAUGGAGGCUCCUGCUCCCCAGAGGAUGGGAGCUGCGAGUGUGCCCCUGGCUUCCGAGGACCCUUAUGCCAGAGAAUCUGCCCCCCUGGGUUCUAUGGCCACGGCUGCGCCCAGCCAUGCCCCCUCUGUGUGCACAGCAGUGGGCCCUGCCACCACAUCAGCGGCAUCUGUGAGUGCCUCCCAGGAUUCUCUGGAGCUCUCUGCAACCAAGUGUGUCCUGGAGGAUACUUUGGGCAGGACUGUGCCCAGCUCUGCUCCUGUGCCAACAACGGGACCUGCAGCCCUAUCGAUGGCUCCUGCCAGUGCUUUCCUGGAUGGAUUGGCAAGGACUGCUCACAGGCUUGCCCACCCGAGUUCUGGGGCCCCGCCUGCUUCCACGCAUGCAGCUGCCACAACGGGGCGAGCUGCAGCGCCGAGGACGGGGCCUGCCACUGCACCCCUGGCUGGACUGGACUCUUCUGCACACAGCGCUGCCCAGCAGCAUUUUUUGGGAAGGACUGUGGGCGCGUAUGCCAGUGUCAGAAUGGCGCCAGCUGUGACCACAUCAGUGGCAAGUGCACCUGCCGCACAGGCUUCACCGGGCAACACUGUGAGCAGAGAUGUGCCCCAGGAACCUUUGGCUAUGGGUGUCAGCAGCUAUGUGAGUGCAUGAACAACUCCACCUGUGACCAUGUCACCGGCACCUGUUACUGCAGCCCUGGCUUCAAAGGAAUCAGGUGUGACCAAGCUGCCCUCAUGAUGGAGGAGCUGAAUCCCUACACCAAGAUCAGCCCAGCACUGGGUGCAGAGCGGCACUCAGUGGGUGCUGUCACAGGCAUCAUGCUCCUGUUAUUCCUCAUUGUGGUGCUGCUGGGCCUAUUUGCCUGGCAUCGGCGGCGGCAGAAAGAGAAGGGCCGAGACCUGGCUCCCCGUGUCUCCUACACACCUGCCAUAAGGAUGACCAGCACCGACUACUCCCUCUCAGAUUUGUCUCAAAGUAGCAGCCAUGCCCACUGCUUUUCCAAUUCCAGCUACCACGCACUGGCAUGUGGGGGGCCUGCCACCAGCCAGGCCAGCACUCUGGACAGGAACAGCCCCACCAAGCUCAGUAACAAGUCCCUUGACAGAGACACGGCAGGCUGGACCCCCUACAGCUAUGUGAACGUGUUAGACUCCCAUUUCCAGAUCAGUGCCCUGGAGGCCAGGUACCCGCCCGAGGACUUCUACAUUGAACUUAGACACCUCAGCCGCCCCGCUGAGCCACACUCACCAGGUGCUUGUGGAAUGGAUAGACGUCAGAACACAUACAUUAUGGACAAAGGCUUCAAAGAUUACAUGAAAGAAUCCGUGUGCAGUUCUAGUACUUGUUCCUUGAAUAGCAGUGAAAACCCUUACGCCACAAUUAAGGACCCACCCAUCCUCACCUGCAAGCUUCCAGAAAGCAGCUAUGUAGAAAUGAAGUCGCCUGUGCACAUGGGGUCUCCGUACACAGAUGUGCCAUCCUUGUCGACAUCUAAUAAAAAUAUAUAUGAAGUUGAGCCCACAGUCAGUGUGGUCCAAGAAGGUUGCGGUCAUAACUCCAGCUAUAUCCAGAAUGCAUACGACCUACCUAGGAACAGCCAUAUUCCUGGUCAUUAUGACCUCCUCCCAGUAAGACAGAGCCCUGCCAAUGGGCCGUCCCAGGACAAGCAAUCUUAAGAGGGAUAAGCUUCUCUCUUGCAGUGUGCUCUACUGAAUAUUCUGACUCUGAAAGAAGACAAUCCCUUGACUUGAAGUAAUGGUACAGACUGGCUCCAGCUGCAUGUUAGUUAUUACGUUCACCUGGAACUAAAGAAGAGCGUCCAGGUGGGACUGGGAUUAAUUGUUCAAGGAAUUGUGUUCUCUAAAGGCAAAUCCUAUCACCCACUCAGCCCCAAAUGCCCUGGAGUAUAUGAUUUUAAAAACAUUUUAAGAUAUAGCUACUCAUCAACAUCAGCUAAAUAUAGCUGAUAUAUAUAUAUAUUUAUCUGAAACGUGAUAUUUUAAAAACAUGUAGGUUUAGCAAA